AUGCCACCAAUUCGCCAAAAAGAUCCUCUACAAUCAGCUCAGAUAGAGGGAAAGAUUGAAUUAGCUAUUUCCGAUUUAAAAAAUGGAAGAAUUCGCAGUAUUCGUGAAGCUGCUAGAAUCUAUACAAUCCCUCGUACCACUCUUCAAGAUCGCAUGAACGGUAUACAAUAUCGACAAAUAACACGCGCCAAUCACCAUAAAUUGACUCAAUCUGAGGAGGAUUCGCUUGUCAAAUGGGUUCUCGAUCUAAAUAAACGUGGAUUACCCCCCCGGCACUCUCUUGUACGAGAAAUGGUCAAUUAUCUUCUUUUACAACGCGACAAACCACAAGUUGGAAAAAAUUGGAUAACCCGUCUAAUUAAACGCUGUCCAGAGAUCGAUUCCAAAUUCGCAAGGAAAUAUAACUAUGAACGUGCCAAAUGCGAAGAUCCAAAGAUUAUUCAGGAGCAUUUUAAUCGCGUACGAGAUGCUAUAUCUGAGUAUGGGAUCCUACCAGAAGAUAUCUACAAUUUUGAUGAGACUGGCUUUGCUAUGGGACUCUGUGCAACUGCAAAGGUUAUUACCGGAAGCGAUCGAUAUGCUCGGCCAAAGCUUUUACAACCUGGAAAUCGAGAAUGGGUGACUGCAAUUGAAGCAACAAAUUCAACUGGUUGGGCUAUUCCUUCGUAUAUUAUUUUCAAGGCAAAGAAAAACGUACGAUUGGGCUGGUUUGAUGAUCUACCAAGUGAUUGGAGGAUUAAUAUUAGUGAGAAUGGAUUAGAAUGGCUUAAAACCCAUUUUAUUCCUUAUAUUAAUGGCCGGUCAAUGGGAUCAUAUAGAAUGUUGAUUCUUGAUGGCCAUGGAAGCCAUUUGACUGAAGAAUUUGAUCGUACAUGCAUUGAGAAUAAUAUUAUUCCAAUCUGCAUGCCACCUCAUUCCUCGCAUCUUUUCCAGCCUCUUGAUGUUGGCUGUUUUCCAGUUUUAAAACGACAUUAUGGGCAGCUUGUUGAGCAGCGAAUGAGGCUUGGAUUCAACCAUAUCGACAAAAUGGACUUUUUAAUGGCAUUUCCACAGGCUCGUACGGUGGCAUAUAAAGCUCAAACUAUUUGGAAUAGCUUCGCAGCCACCGGAUUAGUGCCUUUCAAUCCAGAUCGAGUUACUCAACAACUUAAUAUUCAAUUGAAGACACCAACACCUCCUCCAAGUCGAUCAAGCAAUACACAAUCAUCCUGCUUACAAACUCCUCAAAAUCCACGUCAAUUUAAGCGCCAAAUGACCACAAUUAAGAAGCGGAUAGGCCGGCGUACAAGAAGUUCAUCUGAGGUUAUUGAUGAAGCAAUUCUACGUAUAUCAAAAGCCUAUGAAACGACUAGAAAUGAUCUUCUACUUAUACGGAAAGAAAAUCAUGAUUUACGGGCUGCACAUGAGAAAGAGAAGCAAAAGCGCCAAAGGUCUAAUAAACAGAUAUCUAUUGAGCAAGGGAUUACUAGAGAUGAAGUCCAAGCACUUAUACAAGGUCAGAUUGAGGCAUCUCAAGCUGUUACUGCUGCUCCGGCUGAGCCGGAGCUCCCAGCUUCUCAAGCAGUCGUACGCCGCCAAUUUCGCUGCAGUGGUUGUGGUGUCGAAGGACAUAAAAUUAAUCGAUGUCCUAAUCAAAGUAGUACUUAA